CACGAGAUCACGCUUCUCGUUGGAUCGAACAGCUAGGGUUUCCAAGAUGUUCGGGCGCGCGCCGAAGAAGAGCGACAACACACGGUACUACGAGAUCCUCGGGGUCUCCAAGGACGCGUCCCAGGAUGACCUCAAGAAAGCCUACCGCAAGGCCGCCAUCAAGAACCACCCCGACAAGGGCGGCGAUCCCGAGAAGUUCAAGGAGCUAGCUCAGGCUUAUGAGGUCCUCAGUGAUCCUGAAAAGCGGGAGAUUUAUGAUCAAUAUGGUGAGGAUGCCCUCAAGGAGGGAAUGGGAGGUGGUGGAGGGAUGCACGAUCCCUUUGACAUAUUCCAGUCAUUCUUUGGUGGUGGAAGCCCUUUUGGAGGUGGUGGCAGCAGUAGGGGCAGAAGGCAGCGAAGGGGAGAGGAUGUGGUUCAUCCUCUAAAGGUUUCUCUGGAGGAUUUGUACAAUGGCACAUCAAAGAAGCUCUCUCUGUCCCGCAGUGUCCUCUGCUCCAAGUGCAAUGGUAAGGGUUCAAAGUCUGGAGCUUCAUCGAGGUGUGCUGGUUGCCAAGGUUCUGGCUUUAAGGUCCAAAUCCGGCAGUUGGGGCCUGGAAUGAUCCAGCAAAUGCAGCAUCCUUGCAACGAGUGCAAGGGUUCUGGAGAGACAAUCAGCGACAAGGAUAGAUGCCCACAGUGCAAGGGUGAUAAAGUUGUGCAGGAGAAGAAGGUUCUUGAAGUGUUUGUGGAGAAAGGCAUGCAGAAUGGGCAGAAGAUCACAUUCCCUGGUGAAGCUGAUGAAGCGCCUGACACUGUCACUGGAGAUAUCAUUUUUGUUCUCCAGCAGAAGGAGCAUCCCAAGUUCAAGAGAAAGGGCGAUGACCUCUUCUACGAGCACACCCUGACCUUGACUGAAUCUCUGUGUGGCUUCCAGUUUGUUGUGACUCACUUGGAUAACAGGCAGCUGCUGAUCAAAUCAAAUCCGGGCGAAGUUGUGAAGCCUGAUUCUUUCAAGGCGAUCAACGACGAAGGCAUGCCCAUGUACCAGAGGCCGUUCAUGAAGGGCAAGCUGUACAUCCACUUCUCGGUGGAGUUCCCGGACUCGCUGAGCCCGGAGCAGUGCAAGGCCCUGGAGGCUGUGCUCCCGCCCAAGCCGGUGUCGCAGUACACCGACAUGGAGCUGGACGAGUGCGAGGAGACGAUGCCCUAUGACGUGAACAUCGAAGCGGAGAUGCGGAGGCGGCAGCAGCAGCACCAGGAGGCCUACGACGAGGAUGAGGACAUGCCGGGCGGCGCGCAGAGGGUGCAGUGCGCCCAGCAGUAGGCAGCAGUUUGGUAGCGGUGAUAAAAUAUUUGACGGCGGCGGAAAAAUUUGUGCGACUACUGUUAGGUCCAACCGUCCAAUUUUACACGCGCGUAUUAAUGUUAUGAUCAUACUUGUCUUUGUUUAUUAUGUAUGUUUUGCGUUACGGGAUCUGUGCGGAUUAGUUCUAGGCGAUGUUUAGAUUCAAUUUGGUGUUGCUACUAGCAGCGAUCUCCAACCCAUAUGACAGUUGGAACGUGACUGUGCCUGCUAUUUCCUCGAUCCUGAUCUGUCCGUACAAAGCCCGGAAUCCGUCGAACCUUAAACCUCCUUUGGAAUGGAUAAUAAAUAAAUAAAUUGUAUAGGAUUCAAUUCCUUUCCU